CCAAGUAAUUAUGGAUACCAAAAGAAAAGACUCCAGACUGAAUCCUCUGACCACUGCCAGGUUUCUGUCCAGGGUGUUUCUGUGCUGGUUGACCCCGUUAAUGUACCUUGGCCACAAACGGAGGCUGGAGGAAAGUGACAUGUACAGCAUUCUUCCAGAGGACCAGUCUGAAACACUUGGAGAGGAACUCCACAGAUUUUGGGACCGUGAAGUUAGAAAGGCCACAAAGGAACUCAGGAAGCCAAAACUCUCCAGAGUUCUUAUCAAGUGUUAUGGGAAGUCAUACGCAGUGGCUGGGAUUUUAGUUUUUUCACUGGAGGCCAUUAAAGCGAUCCAGCCACUUCUUCUGGGGAAAGUCAUCAUGUACUUUGAGAAUUAUGACCCCGACGACCUGAGGAGUCUUUACAUGGUGUAUGGUUACGCUGCUGCGAUGUCCCUCUCCGCUUUUGGCCUGACUAUCCUCCAACAUCUCUACUACUACCACGUCCAGAGAACCGGCAUGAAGAUCAGAGUGGCCAUGUGUCACAUGAUCUACAGGAAGGCUCUUGGCCUCAGCAGUGAAUCCAUGGUGCACACAACCACCGGACAAAUUGUGAACCUCCUUUCAAAUGACGUCAAUCGUUUUGAUGAGAUUACACUCAACCUGCACUACCUGUGGGUGGGACCUCUUCAAGCGAUGGUGAUAAUCUCUUUCCUUUGGUUCGAGAUCGGACCGUCGUGUCUGGCAGGCGUUGUCGUCAUUGCCAUCAUGAUGCCUGUACAGACCUGGUUUGGAAAGCUCUUUGGCAUCUUCAGGAGCAAAACAGCAGUCCUUACUGACAAUAGAAUCCGCAUCAUGAAUGAAGUGGUGUCUGGCAUCAGGAUUAUCAAGAUGUAUGCCUGGGAGAAACCCUUCUCAUCACUGGUUACAGAAGUCAGAAGGAAAGAAAUCAGUCAGAUACUAAAGAGCUCCUACCUGCGAGGACUCAACAUGGCCUCCUUCUUUGCGAGCAGCAAGAUCAUCGUCUUUGUUACCUUCACUGUCUACGUUCUCCUGGGCAAUGCCAUCACCGCCAGCAGUGUGUUUGUCACAGUUUCCCUCUACGGUACAAUCAAGCUCACAGUCACCCUGUUCUUCCCACUGGCCAUCGAGAAGCUGUCGGAGACUGUGGUCAGCGUUCGCAGGAUUGAGACUUUUCUCCUUCUGGAAGAGUUUGAGAGAAAAAGCAUUGGGCUUCCUCUGGAGGAAAAGCUGGAAAACGCCGUUGAGAUAGAGAAGUUGACCUGCUACUGGGAUAAGAGUUUGGACUCUCCAUCGCUGCAGAACAUCUCUAUUACAAUGAAAUCUCAACAACUUCUGACAGUAAUUGGCCCAGUGGGAGCUGGAAAGUCGGCUCUGCUGAGCGCCAUCCUCGGAGAGCUGCCUCACGACAAAGGAAUCAUGAAGGCCAAAGGUCGGCUGACAUACACUGCCCAGCAGCCCUGGGUGUUCCCUGGGACCAUACGCAGUAACAUCCUGUUUGGGAGAGAGCUCAACCCCCAGAAGUAUGAGAGAGUCCUCAGAGCCUGUGCUUUAAAGAGGGACCUGGAGCUGCUCCCAGAUGGAGACCUGACACUGAUCGGAGACAGAGGAGCCACGCUCAGCGGGGGACAGAAAGCUCGUGUCAACCUGGCGAGGGCUGUGUACCAGGAUGCAGACAUCUACCUCCUGGAUGACCCUUUAAGUGCUGUGGAUGCUGAAGUUGGGAAACACCUAUUUGAACAGUGCAUCUGUGGCCUCCUAAAGAACAAGUCUCGGAUCCUGGUCACCCACCAGAUGCAGUACCUGAAGGCAGCCGACCACAUUGUGGUCCUCAAGGAGGGUCAUAUCAUGGCUCAGGGUAACUACAAUGAGCUGCAGUUCUCCGGCCUCGACAUCGAGUCCCUGCAGAAAAGCAAUGAGGAGCAGCAGCGAUGGUCUCAACCAGCUAACCCAGACAGAGUGUCGUUACUCAGCCAUAGGACAAACCACUCGCACAGUUCACACAGCAGCCUCCUCCUGCCGGAAGGCCACCAGAAUGACCAGCUUCCGGUUGAAACGGUUCGUACCAUGGCAGAGGAGACACGAGCUGAAGGAAACGUCAGCAGCCACAUUUACCUCAAGUACUUCUCUGCUGGCUGUAACCCUCUGGUGUUGAUGAUUAUAGUUCUGCUCAGUGUCCUAGCUGAGGUUGCAUAUAUUAUGCAGGACUGGUGGCUGGUCUACUGGGCAAGAGAGGAGUUUUUUAACGGCACAGCCAGUGCUGUUAGCAUUAAAACAGGCUUUAAUGCUACUCAAACAGAUAAUGAGCCCAAUCUCAAAUUUUACCUUGGCAUUUAUUCAGGUUUGACAGCAGCUGCUGUGGUCUUUGGCUAUGCCAGGAGUCUAGUGAUGUUUCGUGGGUUGGUGAGAUCAGCUCAGGCUCUGCAUAACAACAUGUUCAGCGCUGUCCUCCGCACGCCUGUUCGCUUCUUUGAAGUCAACCCCAUCGGAAGAAUUCUCAACAGGUUUUCCAAAGACAUCAGCCAGAUCGACUCCAUCUUACCCAUCACCUUUGUGGACUUCUAUCAAUUAUUUUUACAGAAUGCUGGCGUUGUUGCGGUCGCGGCCUCAGUCAUCCCUCUCAUCCUCAUCCCCGUCGUUCCUCUGCUUUUUUUCUUCUUGUACUUGAGGCGUUUCUACCUCCGCACAUCACGAGAUAUCAAACGCCUUGAAUCUACAACUCGGAGUCCAGUGUUCUCCCUUCUGUCAUCGUCUCUUCAGGGCCUUUGGACGAUCCGAGCCCUCAGAGCCGAGGAGAGGUUAAAGAAAGCCUUUGACGCACAUCAGGACCUGCACUCAGAGGCCUGGUUUUUGUUCCUGAUGACCUCCCGCUGGUUUGCACUUCACCUUGACAGUAUUUGCUCAUUACUUAUCACCUUCUCAACAUUUGGCUGCAUCCUACUCCGAGAUGGGCUAAAGGCUGGAGAGGUUGGCCUGGUGCUGACCUAUGUUGUGACACUGGUAGGAAACUUCCAGUGGACGGUGAGGCAAAGUGCUGAGGUUGAGAACAUGAUGACGUCAGUGGAGAGAGUGCUGGAGUACACUGAACUGGAGAGUGAAGCACCCUUGGAAACCCAGAAGCGCCCUCCUCCCGAUUGGCCCAGCAAAGGCCUGGUGACCUUUGACCGGGUCAGCUUCUGCUACGGCGGUGAUGGACCGCUUGUUCUCAAAGACAUCAGCGCCACCUUCCAACCCAAUGAGAAGGUUGGCAUUGUGGGUAGAACAGGUGCUGGGAAAAGCUCCCUGGUCUCAGCUCUGUUCCGCCUGGCAGAACCUCAGGGGAAAAUCUACAUCGACGGUGUUCUGACCUCUGAGAUCGGCCUCCACGACCUGCGCCAGAAGAUGUCCAUCAUUCCUCAGGACCCGGUGCUGUUUACAGGCUCCAUGAGGAAGAACUUGGACCCUUUCAACCAGCAAAAUGAUGAAGACUUGUGGAAGGCUCUGGAGGAGGUGCAGCUGAAGUCUGUGGUGGAGGAGCUGCCGGGGAAGUUGGAGACGGUUCUGGCCGAGUCGGGUUCCAACUUCAGCGUGGGCCAGAGGCAGCUGGUGUGUCUAGCCAGAGCCAUCCUGAGGAAGAACCGCAUCCUGGUGAUCGACGAGGCCACGGCCAACGUGGACCCCAGGACAGAUGAGCUGAUCCAGGAAACUAUACGGGACAAGUUCAGAGAAUGCACAGUACUCACUAUUGCUCAUCGUCUCAACACUAUCAUAGACAGCGACAGGAUACUGGUUCUGGACAGUGGUACCAUCCAGGAGUUAGACCGUCCCUUCACCCUGCUGCAAAACAAAGAGGGUGCUCUCUACAGGAUGGUGCAACAGACGGGGCAGGCCGAGGCAGCAGCCCUGCUGGAGUCAGCCAGAAAGGCAAAGAAGUCUUGACAGCCUGAGCCAGCGGAACAAGAUUUAGAAAAACUGCUGUAUAACAGACUCCAGAUGUAAGUAGUCUGAGAACACCUGAGGCCUCCUUCCAUCACACACAUAAAGAAGAAGAUGCAAAAUCCACCUGCUAAUUGAUAAGAUCUGCUUCUAGUUAUAUAGAAUGGAAAAAUGGACUAUUCAUUUUAAGUCACAAAUCAUAUUUAGUGCAUCAUGCAUCUGUCCAGUGAAUUUGAGUGUCCAAUGAUACUUCGAGAACACUUAAAAGUGGUGCUUUUUUAAAAUUGUAAUGCAAAUUGUCACAAUAUGAAUAAUAAUAAUAAUAAUAAUAAUAAUAAUAAUAAUUAAGCCUUUAUUAGUCCCACAAUGGGGAAAUUACAAUUCUCUGCAUUUGACCCAUCCCGGAGGAGCAGUGGGCUGCAAUGAAGCGCCCGGGGAGCAACUUGGGGUUAGGUGUCUCGCUCAAGGACACCUCGGCAUGUUGCGCUCUACCUCAUGUGCCACAGCCGCCUAUAAUAUUUUGUACUGUACAUAAUUUCUCAUAAAGGUUAUUACAUUUUAAA